AUGCCGGACACCUUGAGUUUGCAAAACAAAGUCGCCAUUGUUACUGGCUCGGGCCGAGAAAAUGGCAUCGGUGCGGGAAUCGCUCUCGCCCUCGCUCGCAACGGCGCCUCUGUAGUUGUCCACUUCGCGUCAGACUCUUCGAAAACCCGCGCCGCUCAAGUCUGUGAGACUCUACGUAGGGCUGGAGGACAGGCCAUUGCGGUGCAAGCGUCUCUCGAUACGGUCGAGGGCGCCAAGCUUCUCGUCAGGAAGACCCUGGAAGGCUUCAAUACAGAGCACAUUGAUAUUCUGGUCAACAAUGCUGGCGUGGCCUAUUUUUGCCCCAUCACGGAAGAGCUCAAUUUGGAGCAGCUGUCCAAUGUGUUCCAAAUCAACGUGCUUGGCCCAUUUUACAUGGUUCAUGUAGUUCUUCCACACAUGCCCCGCGGCGGUCGUAUCAUCAACAUCAGCUCGACGAACUCCAAGAGAGGCAACGUAAACAUCUCGACAUAUGCGGCGUCCAAAGCUGCUCUGGACAGCCUCACCUGGACCUGGGCCGGCGAACUUGGCCGGAGCCGAGGCAUCACGGUCAACUCCAUCGCUCCCGGCCCCGUGCUGACCGAUCUCUACCCGAAAGGCCACGAGCAGGCACUCAUGGAGACCGAAAUCGCUUUGACGAGGGCAGAAAACAGGGCCGGUACGACUGCUGAUAUCGGGGAUGCCGUUUUAUUGAUAGUCAAUGAAAAGUCGAGAUGGAUCACCGGCCAGUAUAUUUCUGUCAGUGGCGGAGUUACGUAUUGA